UAGCUGUGUGGGAUCCCAGGUUUCUAGGUGGACCCUGGUGGUCUUCAGCUGACUGGUAGCUGUGUGGGAUCCCAGGUUUCUAAGUGGAGCCUGGUGGUCUUCAGCUGCUAGGGAGAGUUAAAGCUAAAAGCCCCAGAGAGGAGGAGGCACACGCAGCUGGGAGUGUGCCGGCAGUGGGGCCCUGCGUGGAGGGAGGGGGCCAGAACCUAAACCCCAAAGAAAAGGAGUUUGCUGUGUUUGUGUUGGCAGGGAGGACGCAUGGCUGGCGAGGGCCUUCCCCCUUCUGUGAGCUGCAGCUGUAGGAGAUUGGACUGGGAGUGACAGUGAACCAAACCUCCAGAAUAAUGGUUUAAAGAGGUUCCCGCUGCUCCUCCCUGGCCUGACAGGAGGGACCCUACACUCUGGGGGUCUAUUUUGCUUUUUCCUCUUUUUAUUUUUCUCUUUAAGUCAACCCGGGGGAUUUGUUUGGGUGUCUUCCUCCCCCCCACACCUCAUCAUCAUCCCUAACCCCACCUCCAACUCUGUUUUUAGUUCGUUUUCUUUUUUUGAGAUUUGGGGGAUUUGCCAAAACCUAUUUCAUGCAUGUCCACUGGGGGCAGGUUCAACUUUGAUGAUGGGGGGUCAUACUGUGGGGGGUGGGAGGAAGGCAAAGCCCACGGCCAUGGCAUCUGCACUGGGCCGAAGGGCCAAGGCGAGUACUCAGGGUCCUGGAGCCAUGGCUUUGAGGUGGUGGGGGUGUACACAUGGCCCAGUGGGAACACCUACCAGGGCACCUGGGCGCAGGGCAAGCGCCAUGGGAUUGGAAUGGAGAACAAGGGCAAGUGGGUGUAYAAGGGGGAGUGGACAAGUGGAUUUAAGGGACGCUACGGCCUCAGGGAGAGCACCGGCACCAGCGGGAAGUACGAGGGGACCUGGAACAACGGUCUUCAGGACGGAUACGGCACUGAGACCUACUCCGAUGGAGGUACGUACCAAGGCCAGUGGGUGGGGGGGAUGCGGCAUGGAUACGGCAUGCGGCAGAGUGUGCCAUACGGCAUGGCAGCCGUCAUCCGCUCUCCGCUGCGUACCUCCAUAAACUCCUUGCGCUCGGAGCACAGUAACGGGACGGCUCUGCUCGCGGACCGGGCCGGCGUGGGGAGUGUGGGCGGGACAGGCUCCACCGGCAGUCCGGCAGUGUCGCGGGGGGGCUUCGUGCUCACUGCACACAGCGAGGCAGAGCUGCUGAAGGGCAAGAAAAAGGGUCUGUUCCGAGGUCGCUCCAUCCUCAGCGGACUCAAACUGAGGAAGUCAGAGUCCAAGAGCUCCCUGGCCAGCCAGCGCUCCAAGCAGAGCUCGUUCCGCAGUGAGGCGGGCAUGAGCACGGUCAGCUCUGUCAACUCUGACAUCAACUCCACCAUCAGCCUGGGAGAGGGCGAAGCCGAGCUGGCCGUCGCCGAGGACGACGUGGACGCCACGGCAACAGAGACCUACUGUGGCGAGUGGAAGAACGACAAGCGCACGGGCUGUGGGGUGAGCCGGCGCUCGGACGGCCUGCACUAUGAGGGCGAGUGGGUGGGAAACAAGCGGCACGGGUACGGCUGCACCACCUUCCCUGACGGGACCAAGGAGGAGGGCAAGUACAAGCAGAACGUCCUGGUGAGCGGCAAAAGGAAGAACCUAAUCCCCCUCCGAGCCAGUAAGAUCAGAGAGAAGGUGGACCGGGCUGUGGACGCGGCCGAAAAGGCUGCGGACAUCGCCAAUCAGAAGGCUGAGAUCGCCAUGUCCAGGACGGCCCAUGCACGGGGGAAGGCAGAUGCGGCCAUUGGAGCCAGCCAGAAGGCCCAGGAGGAGUGUCGCCUCGCCAGGGUCACCGCCAAAGGGUUCUCCCCCUCCUUCCAGCACCGCGAAAACGGAGUAGAGGUCCAAAGGCCAAAGCAUCAGAACUCCAGUGAGAACGACAUUGAGGUGAUCUCCGGUGGCACGGGGCCAGAUAGUCCUGAACUCUACAUAAAGGGCACCACACCCCCCAACCUGACCCCUGACCUUAGCCCUGAGGCCAGCCACCCCUCCUCGCCCCCCUGCAGCCCCACCACCUCCAAGCCAUACCGCACCAAGAACGCACGCUUCCUGCGGCAGAGUGCUGUGGACGACGCUGGGAGUGGUGGCGGUGGGGGUGGGGGAGGGGGCAGUGGUGGCCAGGAGAUCCAGGUGCUGAUGGAGGGCCGUGGAGGGGGGGAGUACCUAAGGGCCAACAGCUGGAGCGAGGACAAACGCUCUUCUAAAGAGGGCAGCAGGGGGGGCAGCAGGGGCAGCGGUCGCUCCACCACCCCCUCUGUCCAGGACGAGGCCAGGGGCCGCACCAACGGCCACGGCCAUAAGCACGCCUCCUCCAAUCACAAGUCUCGAGAGCAUGGCUCGUCCAAUCACAAGGCCUCCAGGGACCGAUGGUCGGACUGCCCGUCAACAUCGUGGAGGUCCCAGCGGACGCACAGCGGUGACACGCGGCUGCUGGAGCAGGAUGAGGAGAAGCUGAGCAACUACGAGAUGGAGAUGAGACCGCUGCAGCCCAUGGACUCCAACUCCCAAAAUCCCUAUGGGUUGGGAGAGGAGCGCCAUGGUCACAGUGGCGAGGCCCGCUCCCACACGCUGCAGAGACAGCGGCCUUCUAAGACCCGGGAGGGCAGGGAAAGGGAGGGACCGGCCCCAGACUCAAUGCAACAGCUGGACAGUCUAAGCAAGGGGGACAAGUUGGAAGCUCGGCCUCUGCGCAGGGAUCUCACCCUCUCCCCCCCACAAAAAUCCUCACCCAUUGCACUAGAACACGACGAUGACAAGAAACUAACCCAGCUCAAAGCAAACUCGGGCUCCAGCUCAAUUCUGGUCGUCAUGGUGAUUUUGCUCAACAUUGGAGUCGCAAUUUUGUUUAUUCACUUUUUUAUUUAAAAAUGGAUUGCCUAUUAAAUCCUAUUAUUAUCUAUGCUAUUAUUAUAACAUAUUAUGAGUAUUAUCAUGACUAUACAGCCCUUGGCCAUUUGACACUAUGUAAAGAGUACAGUAAGAGGAUUAACAAUAUGGGGAUAAAGCUGGUUCCCAAUGCCCAGAUUUCAGAUAAGCAGUGAUCUGCAAAAAAUAUAUAUAUAUAUGUAAAUUCUUUCUCUCCCUGACAUUACCUGUUUUUCAUCUUAAAGCAUUGUUUAAAAAAGGUUUGUAACUUAUUUGCUCACGUAUGAUAUAUUCAUUUAAAUCAUUUUUUAUUCCUUACUUGCCUUUUCUCUGUUAAUAUUGCUGAUGUUCUUUUGGUUUAGUUUGUUUGGAAUGGUAGACUCAGAUGAGCACUUCUUGUGUCGAAUGAGACAGGAUAUAAUGUAUCUAGUCUGGUUAUGGCUGUGUGCACCUGACCUGGGUUCAAAAACUAUUUGACAUAAUUUAAAAUACUUUAGCUGUGCUUGAUUGAGCUUGCCUGUUGCAAUGGAAACAAUAGAAAAGUCUGAAAAGUGCAAAACCCUUCCUACCUGGUGGUCGAGGCAGGCUAAAGCAAAUGCUGAAAGUAUUUUAAAGAUUUCAAGUAGUAUUUAAACCCAGGUGUGUUGUCCACCCAGGUAAUACAAGGUUAAAGGGAUGGGAAACGGACCCCUGUCCUACCCACUGCCCUCCAAACCCUCCCCC